AUGGACCCUGUGCAGAGAAACUCAACCUCAGCCUCUGAGUUCCUCAUUCUGGGCUUCGACAAUGACCCUGAGCUGCGGUUCUUCCUCUUCGGGCUCUUCUUCAUCAUGCACCUAAUCACCCUGACUGGACACCUGACCAUCGUGCUGGUCACCUCAGUGGACCACUCCCUCCAGACCCCCAUGUACUUCUUCCUCCGCAACCUGUCGGCCAUCGAGGUCUGCUACAUCCUGGUGAUCGCCCCCAACAUGCUGGCCAAUUUCCUUUCCAAGAACAAGACGAUCUCCUUUGUCGGCUGCGCCCUACAGAUGCACUGCUUCAUCGCCCUCGGGGGAGCAGAGUGCUUCCUGCUGGCCUUCAUGUCCUACGACCGCUACGUGGCCAUCUGUCACCCGCUGAGGUACGCAGUGAUCAUCAACAGGGCCCUCUGUUUCCAGAUGCUGGCCGUCGCGGGCCUCAGCGGCUUUGUGCUUUCACUCUCCCUCACCGUCCUGAUCUUCCGGCUCCCUUUCUGUGGCUCCCACACCAUCAAUCAUUUCUUCUGCGACAUCCCCGCCCUGCUCUUCCUGGCCUGCACAGACUCGCAGGUCAACGAAGUCGCGGUCUUCAUCGUCUGCGUGCUCAUCCUCCUCGUCCCCUUCCUGCUGAUCCUGCUCUCCUACGCCUUCAUCGUGGUGGCCAUUUUGAGGAUCCGGUCAGCCGAGGGAAGACGCAAGGCCUUCUCCACAUGCGCCAGCCAUCUCGUGGUCUCCCUCCUGCACAAUGGCUGUGCCAUCUUCAUCUACAUCCGGCCCAAAUCCGCCUACGCUCCCGACCAGGACAAGGUGGUGUCCCUGGUCUACACCAACGUGACCCCAAUGCUCUACCCCGUGAUCUACAGCCUGAGGAACCAGGAGGUGCAGGGAGCCCUCAGGAGAGUUUUGGGGAGGAAGAUACUUUCUCGGCUUGCUCAAGGAAAAAUAGAGUUCAAGCAGGAAGCAGUAACAUCCCCACAAGGUGACCAAAUUCAUACCUGCUCUUCCAUUCAGCGGUAUUUCUCCUCACAUCUCUGGAACAUUAUUAAAACGUCUUACCAGUUUCUGGUCCUUCAGUCCAGCUUGGAUCUGGUCUCAACCAGUUCUGGGAUCUUUGUAGAAGAAGUUGGAGACUAUUACACUAAUCAGUCCUGCAAUAGUUUGGCCGGAAGCAGUGUGGUCUAG